AUGAGUGACAAGUUGGCAUGGGUUUGCCUUUUCCACGGGGGAAAAUUUGUUCAUUGCCCAAUGCUUGAAUAUGUUGGGGGGAAGACGGAUUUAGUGCAAGUAAACAUCAAUUCAAGGAGUUAUGAAAGUUUUAUCAGUGACAUAGAAAAUGGGGUAAAUACUACAUUCCAACACCUUUAUUUUAAGUUUCCUGGAAAAUCUAUAGAAGAUGGAUUGAGAUACAUAUGGAAUGAUAGUUGUGUUGUCGAAGAAAUUUUCAAUUAUUUACACCAUGGAUUGAUUGAGAUAUAUGGAGAAAACUCUAUAGUCGAUGAGGGAGGUGAGGGUGAUGGUCAAGGUGUUAGUGUAGGUGUCGAUAAUGAUGCUAGUCAAGUUACUAGUAAGGGUGCUUGUAAUGAUUCUGGUUUAGACAAAGAUGCAGUCUUUGAGAAUGAGGGUAAUUUAGCUCACGAUGGUGUAUUUGAUGAAGAUGAAUAUACUGGCAUGGAGGAUGAUGAAUAUAUGGUGGAUGAUGACGAUGAUGAUGAGACAAACUUCUUAGCCGAUGUAAUAAUUUCGAUUGAUGAUGAUGAUCAUGAUAAUGAGGAGCUUCUAGAAGCGAGGAAGAACAUCAAAGAGUUUCGCAACAGGGCCACAAAGUAUUUGAUUGGAGGUGAACCAUCUAUGCAAUUGGUACCUCCCCAACAACCUACAGUUGAUGUGGAUAAUGUAGUUGAUUUUGAAGUUGGUUACCAAACGGAGUACUAUGAAACAGAUGAAGAUGAGCAUUUGGGAUCUGAUUUAGAACUAGAAAAUGAUAAUUUUACUAGAAGGAGAAGCAACUUUCCAAGGUAUGAUCCUAAUUGUGCUAUACCUGUGUUUAUCGUGUUUAUGAUAUUUGAUAGUAGCAGGCAAUUCAAAGAGGCUCUCAUAAAAUAUUCAGUGGUUGAGCGUAGAGAGAUCAAAUUUAUAAAGAAUGAAAAGAAAUGUGUUAGAGCAAAAUGUGUUAGUGAAAGUUGUCCUUGGAGAAUCUCUGGAUCUAUUGAUGCUCGUAGUGGAUCAUUUCAUGUGAAAACCUACCAUUCAGAGCACACUUGUAGCAUUAGCUUUAAAAAUAACAGGGUGACGAGUUCUUGGUUGGCAAAUCAUUAUCUUGCUACAAUAAAAGCAAUGCCAACUAUUAAAACUAUCGCUUUGAGGGAACUUAUUAAGGAGCAAUUGGGGUUGGAUGUGAGUAUCAGUCAAUGUACGAAGGCCAAGCUAUUUGCUUAUAAAGUGUUGAUGGGAAACUAUAAAAAGGAAUAUGCGAAAUUGUGGGAUUAUGCAGAGGAGCUUAGGAUGAGCAAUCCUGGAAGUACUGUUACAUUAAAGGUUGAAAAGCUUGAUAUGCAAUCUAAGGCAUUCUUUGAGAGAAUGUAUAUUUGUUUUGCUGCUUGUAAGAAAGGAUUCAUUGAUGGGUGUAGGAAAGUUGUCGGGUUGGAUGGUUGCUUCUUGAAAGGAAUUUGUCAAGGUCAGAUCUUGUGUGCUGUUGGAAGGGAUGGAAAUGAUCAAAUGUUCCCAAUUGCUUGGGCGGUUGUUAGAGUUGAGAGUAGAGAUACAUGGACUUGGUUCUUAACACAUUUGAUGUAUGAUCUCAAUAUUACGCACACAUAUGGACAAGGUUGGGUCAUAAUUAGUGACAAACAGAAGGGCUUGCUACAAGCCGUGGCUGAGCUGUUGCCUACAGCUGAACAUAGGAUGUGUGCCAGACACAUCUAUGCCAAUUGGAGCAAAAAGUAUAAAGGGAUACAAAUGCAAAGAAUGUUUUGGCAAUGUGCUAAGAGCAAUACUAUGGCAGAGUAUGAUGAAAGCUCUCAAGCAUUGAAAAAAAUUAGCCCCGCCGCAUAUCAUGACUUAGUUCAAACAGAGCCAAAGCACUGGUCCAGAGCAUUUUUUUCUACUGAUGCAAAAUGUGAUAUUGUUGAUAACAACUUAUGCGAGGCAUUCAAUGGGAGAAUUAUAGAUGCUAGGUAUGGAAAAGAGACUGUGGUCCAAGAAUUGCAAGAAAAUUGGAAGAAAAUAGAGUUGGUGCGACUUAUUGUCACGUGA